CCUUCAGAGGUAGAAGUUAUCUAUCCGGGCCCUGUUCCCCCUAUGGUCUGUAAAUAUUGGGGAACCUUUGAACCAGAGGAUCACUCUUGGCUACGGCUGACUGAACAUGGCCACGUCUCCCGUCAAGGAGUUCCUGGUUACCUAUGUAAUGCCCAAAAAAUGCUACGAGGAGAUUUUCGUCAACUUUCACUUGCACGUGCCGUGCCUGAGGUUUGUACUGAACAGAAGUGCCGGGUUUUGGAUGUUACUGGACACAUUCCUGGCACAGUUACCUCAGCUGCUGAAGAUACUGUGGAGAGGAAGCGCAGACGGCCUGAGUCUGCCCUCUGUCCUGCUGCAACUUUAUGCAUUCUCAUGUCCUGUCUUGUACGCCAUGGCCAACAGCGUCCCACUCUUUGCCUGGGCUGAGAGGCUCUUCACGUUGGCCCAGACAGCUGCGAUUGUCUUCCUCAUCCUGCGUUAUCGUGGUGAUACUCUCAGAGGAAUGCUGUUCCUCUUGGCGUACAGCGGUGUAAUGUUCCUCCUGGGCUCCUACGCUGCUGCAGCAGUCGUCUCAGUGAUUCAGGCCUCCAGUUUGGCAGCUUUAAUCGGAAGCAAGGUUCUCCAGGCUGGAACUAACUACUGUAAUGGCCACACGGGCCAGCUAUCGACACUGUCUGUGUUACUAACGUGGGCAGGAUCUCUGGGUGUUGUCUUUGUUUCUCUACAGGAGGCAGGAAGCUCAUGGGCUACUCUGUCACAGCUGCUGUCAGCCUGUCUCAGCUGUGUCAUCCUGGCCCAGGUCCUCUGCUACAGGAGCAGUACCCCCAGUGAAAAGAAGAGCGAGUAGAGGGGGAGGAUGGAGGCAAAUCACAUCAUAUGCAAAUCUUCUCUGUCAUUGAAGAAGGGCUUUGUGAUUCUGUGCCAGAUGUUGGCAUAUCAGGAACUCAAACACAGUGCUGAAGUAGCAGUACAUGUUUACAGUGUUUUUAUGUACUAAUAUGCCUUUGUGCUACACUCAGAUCUACUUUGAAGCAAGUUAUGUGCUGUGUGUCUGUGUAAAUGAGAACUCGCAAUGUCAUGCUGUUUAAUAGCUUUGUGCGUUUUUAAAUUUCAGUUUUACAGUUUGUUUCCUAUUAUUGCAAGAAUUUAAAACAAAAAAGUUUUGUCGCCAUCUAGUGAUGAGGAUAGGAAUUCUUUCACUCUCAGGGGGAACAGAAUUCAAUGGAAGCAGUAGGUGACUUUCAAAAUAAAACCUUCAGUUUUUGGGUGUAUUUAAAGUUUCCUUGUGGCUCUGUCAUUGUUUGUCAAUUUGGGUUCACUAGAAUAUUCAGAAGCCACAGUUUACUGCUUUCAAUCCAAGUACAAACUGACUGACAGUCCACAUCUAGGCAGACAUUUCUAAUGCACAUACGGGUUUUAAAACUUAAGUAAGUACAGUCAUGCAGCAGGCAUGAGAAAACGCACAAGCGUAAUGUCACUGAUUAGCUUCUCCUCUGUGGUUGGAGGAACCACAGAGGAGAAGCUAAUCAGGUAAUGUCACUGAUUAGCUUCUCACCACAGAGGAGUAGUAAUCGCACUGCUGACUGGGAGAACGUUCAUGUCAAGUCAAGUCAGUUUUAUUUAUAUAGCACCAAAUUAUAACAGAGGUUCUCUCAGGACAUUACUGUCGGAUGAUUGGAAUUUCUGUGGUAGCUUCUGAUUUUUGUAUUUUGCAUCAAAUAAAAUGAUUCAUUAUUCCUCUUACCACCCCUUUAAAAAUGAUCGUGACUACAUUUUGUAGAAAAAAAUCUAAAUCAUUAAGUACAACAACUUUAAGUGUUUUUCCCCUUAUGAAAGUGUUGCUCAGAUUCUGCCAAGAAUCUCUCAGAUGACUGUGGCUGCACCUGUGCAACAAAGACACAUUGACCUUGUUUGUUAUGGCAGAUACUUGUUUCCAUCCAACAGAACGCAACAAUACAUGUAGGGUUUUAUAUUUAUAUUUUAUGGAUUUUCUUACUUAAAUACCUGUUGAACUGCACUGUGAACUAAUUUUAAUGAUACUGUGAAUUUUUGUCUCGAGCAUUCAGUAAUAAAAUAAGGUGUUGCCACAGAAUACAGGUAUUUGUGAGUGAAAGCCUAAGGAAUUCACAGCUGUCACCUUCGGUCACCAUCAUGUAAAAAAGUGUUUUUUAACUGGGUGUACA